GAUUCUGAACCAUAUUCACCUUCCUUCAACUUGAAGUACAUGCUCUAUUACUCUCUACUCUUCAAGAUCCAAAACUCUUCUUCUUCUCCACUCUCAGCUCUGAAAUCUCAACUAUUUCUUCUUCGUUUUUUUUUUUUUAAUUAUUAUUUUUAUUUUUAAUUCUAAUUUAUCCACUCCCUUUUUUCUGCGUUAGUGAUUAUCGCCACACUAGAUCCUUAAAGAUUAGUUUUUCCCACUAAUUCUUACCUUAAUUUCUCCAACAUCGUCUCUAACCUAGUACUUUUGUUACUUCCGCCUGUUUUUGUCUUUCUUUUACCUCGUUUCCUGUUUCUCUUUCCUCACAUAGCACACUUCAACUUUUAUUCCAACUUUAAUUUUAAAGUUCUCUUUUUUUUCCUCCCCGUGAUCUGGGAAUUCUAGUAGAACUUCGUUGAUCUGAAUUUUCAUUCUUAGUUUUCUAAUAUGCCUCCUGAUCAGAGAAAAAAGUCAUCUAUAGAUGUAGAUUUCUUUACUGAAUAUGGUGAAGGGAGUAGAUACAUGAUAGAGGAAGUGAUUGGUAAAGGAAGUUACGGAGUGGUUUGUUCCGCGUAUGAUACACAUACUGGAGAGAAGGUUGCAAUAAAGAAAAUUACUGAUAUAUUCGAACAUGUUUCUGAUGCUACUCGCAUUCUUAGGGAGAUUAAGCUUCUUAGAUUGCUAAGGCAUCCUGAUAUUGUGGAUAUUAAACAUAUUUUGUUACCGCCUUCUAGAAGGGAGUUUAAGGAUAUAUAUGUAGUUUUUGAACUUAUGGAGUCGGAUUUGCAUCAAGUUAUUAAAGCGAAUGAUGAUUUGACGCCGGAGCAUUAUCAGUUUUUUCUUUAUCAGCUUCUUCGGGGAUUGAAGUAUAUACACACAGCUAAUGUUUUUCAUCGUGAUCUAAAGCCGAAGAACAUUUUAGCAAAUGCUGACUGCAAACUGAAGAUUUGCGAUUUCGGUCUUGCUAGAGUAGCUUUCAAUGAUACACCCACUGCUAUAUUUUGGACAGAUUAUAUUGCGACAAGGUGGUAUAGGGCUCCUGAGUUGUGUGGAUCCUUUUUCUCCAAGUAUACACCAGCUAUAGACAUAUGGAGCAUUGGCUGCAUUUUCGCCGAACUUUUAACUGGAAAGCCUCUUUUCCCCGGGAAGAAUGUUGUCCAUCAAUUGGACCUCAUGACCGACUUCCUUGGAACACCAUCUCCUGAAGCCAUUGCUAGGAUACGAAACGAAAAAGCUCGGAGAUAUUUGAGCAGCAUGCGUAAGAAGAAGCCAGUUCCUUUGUAUCAAAAGUUUCCUAAUGCAGAUCCCCUUGCUCUCCGUGUGUUAGAGAGAAUGUUGGCAUUUGAUCCUAAGGAUCGACCUACUGCUGAAGAGGCUCUAGCGGAUCCAUAUUUUAAGGGCUUGGCUAAGUUUGAGAGAGAGCCUUGUGCUCAGCCAGUUAGCAAGAUGGAAUUUGAAUUUGAGAGACGCAGGGUUACAAAGGAAGACGUGCGAGAGCUUAUAUACAGAGAGAUUCUGGAGUACCAUCCGAAGAUGUUAAAGGAACAUCUAGAAGGAGCAGAGCCAACUGGAUUCAUGUAUCCAAGUGCUGUGGACCACUUCAAAAAACAAUUUGCAUACCUCGAGGAGCAUUAUGGGAAAGGUGGUACUAUAAGUCCACUCGACAGACAACAUGCAUCAUUGCCCAGGCAGCGUAUGAUGUAUUCAGACGACUCUAGACAGAAUAUGGCUGAGGUUGCAGCAGAUGAUCUCUCCAAGUGCAGCAUCAAAGAAGUUGAGAAGACCGCCGUUGAUAGGACCAGUGGUGUUGCAAUGAACAGGCUUCCUUUACAAGCUCCUCAAAGUAUUCAAGAUGUCAUGACUAAUAGAAAUGUUGCCCCACGCCCCAGAAAAGAUGCGGGUUCCGUAUUGCAUUACAAUUGUGGUGUAGCAGGGGCUGACCAACGGAAGACGGUUAGAAAUCCAUCUGUUUCUUCUCAGUAUGCUGCUUCAAGCCGUUCAUAUCCCAAAAGAAAUCCAAGCUGUAAAAACGAGAGAGCAGAAGACGGGAUUGAAGGUUCUAACGGGCUUCAGACGAAACCUCAAUACAUAGCACGAAAAGUUGCUGCUGCUCCAAGUGGAACUGGCAGUAACUGGUAGAGUUUGGAUAUGUUGAAUUUUAGUCGCUGAAUCUGAAAUCUUCCCUUAUGCCUAUCAAAUGGUAUUUGGAUUCUUGUUCCACAACAGACCCAGAUCAAUCAUCGUCUGAAUAGUACAAAAGAUAUCAGUUGCAUAACUUAUUUGCGAAUUGCUAUCAAACAACGGGACAGCCAAAAGGAUCAAAAUACUAAUGAAGUCUCUAACUGAUGUUUUUAAUUUGAUGUUGCAAUUUGCAUCGCCGAUUUGAAGUUUGGAAGGUUUCAAAGUGUCUGAUUAUGAUUGUCUUGCUCUCUAGUUAAAAAGGCAUGAAGUGAUGGCAGUGCAGCUAUUGCUACAAAAUAAUGGUUUAUUUAUCGCAAGUAUGCUCUCACUGAAUCUCAUGUGCUAUAUCUGUAGCCAGUUAUUAGGAGUACUGUUCCCAUCAUUCUUGUAUAAUAAGUGAGCAUUCAACAUUUGACAAAAUAGUAAAACUGCUAUUUUGAUGAAAAUCUAUGCAAUAUUAUGUAGUUGCUGUGUUAACAAUA